AUGAAUCAAUUAAAGAUUCAAAAGGAAAGGAAGACAAGAAAAUUUAAAGUCAAGGCUUAUUUAUUUUCAGCUGUGUCAAACUCAAUAUAUUCAAGAGUUAUGCAACUGGAAUCCGCAAAAGACAUUUGGGAUUAUCUCAAGCAAGAAUAUCAAGGCGAUGAAAAGACCAAAAAUAUGCAAGCACUCAAUCUAAUUAGAGAGUUUGAAAUGAUGAAGAUGAAGGAGACAGAAAGCAUAAAAAGUUACAGCAAAAAAUUACUCGGCAUUGCAAACAAGGUAAGGUUGCUUGGUAAGAAUUUUCUUGAUGAACGUAUUAUUCAAAAAAUUCUUGUAACUUUGCCUGAAAAGUAUGAGUCUAAGAUUUCUUCAUUAGAAGAAACAAAAGAUUUGUCAACCAUAUCUUUGUCUGAAUUAGUAAAAGCAUUACAAGUUCAAGAGCAAAGAAGAAUCUUGAGAAAUCAAGAAAAUGAACACACAACUGAAGGAGCAUUAAUGGCCAAAGCAUCAUGGAAGAAAGAAAAAUCUCAGUACGGUCAUUGUAAAAAAAAUGGCCAUGAAGAAAAUGAUUGUUGGCACAAAGGCAAGCCUCAAUGUUUCAAUUAUGAUUUGGAGAGAAAAUGCUCCUACAAUGAAAAUGAUGAGAUGUGCAUCAUAGUGAAGAGAAGUGAUGAAGAUGAGAGAAUUUGA